GGCACCUCCACUCUUUCUUCUUUAACCACACCCACAGACGCAUUUCUCAACGCUGCGCUCCUCUACCUGUCGGUGGUAACCAAAUGUGUGCGUUAAAUGAUUAAAACGACUGUAAAGCAGCAAGAAACCUGGUGGAAAUAUGCAUCGUUACGUGUCUUUCGUGUUAUAAUGGAUUAAAACUUUAUUUGGUUUUCAAGUUGAGCAGCAACUAAGACAAGUUCUCCAGAGACCAGAUUUGACUAGAGGAGACAUCUGACUUCCAGCCAAAAACAUGGACUGGAAGACCUUCCAAGCCCUCCUCAGUGGGGUGAACAAAUAUUCCACGGCGUUUGGGCGGGUUUGGCUGUCUGUGGUGUUUGUUUUUAGGGUCAUGGUGUACGUGGUAGCAGCGGAGCGAGUGUGGGGCGAUGAGCAGAAAGACUUUGAUUGCAAUACCAAGCAGCCUGGCUGUGCCAACGUCUGCUACGACUUCUUCUUCCCCAUCUCCCACAUCCGGCUGUGGGCCCUGCAGCUCAUAUUUGUCACUUGUCCAUCCUUCAUGGUGGUCAUGCAUGUGGCAUACCGUGACGACCGUGAGCGCAAGUACAAGGCCAAGCAUGGGGACACUGCCAAGCUGUACAACAACACAGGCAAGAAACAUGGCGGCUUGUGGUGGACUUAUCUAAUCAGCCUCUUCGUUAAGACAGGCAUCGAGGUUUCCUUCCUGUACAUCCUCCACCGAGUGUACGACAGCUUCUACCUGCCCCGGUUGGUCAAAUGUGAGGUGUCGCCUUGUCCCAACCAGGUGGACUGCUACAUCGGCCACCCCACUGAGAAGAAGGUCUUCACCUACUUCAUGGUUGGAGCUUCAGCCCUUUGCAUUGUCCUGAACAUCUGUGAGAUCAUUUAUCUCAUCUCCAAACGAAUCGCUCGAUGCGCAAACAAGAUUAAAAGGCGCAAUCGCAACCUGACUGUGGAUCAGGAGGACUACAGCGACCGCUUUAAAAACGGCACCCUCCCUGUGUCGAACAGAGACCUGAAGGAACAGCCUCCAUCCUUCAAGACCGCAUGCAAGGCUGCAUACAGGCCAUCUGGGCUCAAACUGGAAGAGAAGAUGCGAGCCUCUGCUCCUAAUCUGUCCUCUACUUCGUGAUUGAAAACCUAAAUCAGACUGUAGAUCAAGAGUGGAGUUGUAACUUGGCAAGGACUCAACUUCACAUCUCAGUUACAGACUCAUAACUUUGAGCCAAACUACAGGAUACGUCAGAUCCUUGAAGAUGAGUCAUUCAGUACUGGAUUUGUCCUGUGGGCCCCUGUGUCCACACACUAGACUCUUUUUGAGCAUAUGAACUUUGGUUUCUAAGUCAACAUCCAUAACAAAUACAUCAAGUCAGCAAGAGCCAAACUGAUAUGUUUUUAAUAUGUGGCUUUCUUGAUGAAUACAGGAAAUGUCUUUGUGCCUUUUCAGCUUCACCCUUUCACCCAUAUUAGAACAUUCCAGUUCAGUGUCUUAUUAGAAUUUUGACACAGGAGGGGAAAAAGAGAAAGCAGGACACACCUGGCAGAAGUAUUCAUUACCCAACCUGCCAGUGUCUACAGUGUUGUCACUAUUACAUGCGCAUUUCAGUAAUCUGUUCAUUUAUUGAGGUUUAAGACAUGGCUUCAUCUUUUCAAUUUAAUACCCCAAUGCCCCUCAUAAGCAGAGCCUAAGCCACUGGAGAAAGAUAAACGACUCUACACCGAAGUGUGGAAACUCUACAGUCAUAAAGUUAUGGCUGAGUAAUACUUGAAGGUUGAAAACUGGCCUAAACUGCAUUAAUAUUCUUGGGUAAGAUUCAUGACAGUGGUAAAUUACAUAUAUCAUUGGUAUAUGUCUUAAUCUGGAUCUUCGACAGGCAUCCACUCAGUCUCAGGAUUAUGCUGCACAGCCACGUUGUACCUAAACUGUCUGAGCUUUGACUCGCUUGUACACAAUAUAGCUUCAUCCAAGACCACUGUUGAUUUAAAUGAGGAGAAAGGAAUGCUGCUGUUUACUUCUGUGUUGGUAGCACUGGAACACAUGAGCUCCAGUGGAGGAAUCAGGAAGAAAGGUGACGAAGCAGUGGUUUGUUUUCUCCCGUUGUCCACACGGAACUAUCAGGUGGAAAUGUAUUACUGCACUUGUUUAUAAUAUCAUUUUUAAACUUAAAUAUAUUAAAGUGAAUGUAUUUUGAUACUGUGUGGUAUGUGUUGCAUCAAUUAUUUUCUAUUAAAAUAGUAGAAACAUCAA